AUGGCUAAUUCCACUCCCUACCCGUGCACACAUUAUAUACAUACACGCAUACAUGCACACACCCACACAUGCACACACACAUACACAUACACAUACAUACACAUAUGUAUCGAUACCACCACCAAUGCAUCACAUCGUACAUACACACAUAGCACAGAGACACACAUAGAUACCCAGAUACAUACCCACACAGAUAUACACCACACAUACCCACAAGCAGAAUCGCCUUCCCCUGCAAAUGCCGUGACGGCAGGUCUCACCCACGGGCAGAAAGGGUUGCCUUCAUACUUCCCUGUGGAGCAAGAAUGA